AUGGCGACGCAAUAUCAGAAAAACGAAUUCCAGUACAACCGACGUUCAGAUAUGUCGGAAAAAUACGAAGCACCAAGAAGGAAGCCAACACGUCGAGAGCAAGGUGCCAGAGCCUCCGACGGCACUGUCAGCACCAUGAUGAGCGGCUCUACUGGUAGAGAGUCAUUGGCUACGCAUGUUACAGAGGGACCAGCGUACUCGAAGAAGAUCGUUGUCGUCGGUGAUGGAGGCUGCGGAAAGACGUGCCUUCUGAUCAGCUAUAGCCAGGGUUACUUCCCAGAGAAAUAUGUGCCAACGGUCUUCGAGAACUACAUCGCGUUCCCAACCCAUCGGUCAAGCGGCAAGACAGUCGAGUUAGCCCUUUGGGACACGGCCGGUCAAGAAGAGUACGAUAGACUACGACCGCUUUCGUAUCCAGAGACCGAUCUUCUCUUUGUUUGCUUUGCCAUUGAUUGCCCUAAUUCGCUCGAGAACGUCAUGGACAAGUGGUACCCCGAGGUCCUUCACUUCUGCCCUUACACUCCUCUCAUUCUCGUCGGUCUCAAAACAGAUCUCCGAACGAAACGUACCUGCAUUGACCUCCUCAAAACCCAAGGACUGACCCCGGUGACUCAAGAGCAAGGAAUGGGUGUAGCACAAAAGAUGGGAGCACGAUACAUGGAGUGCAGCAGCAAGGAGAUGAGCGGCGUGGACGAUAUCUUCAAUAUGGCAAUCGAUACCAUUGUCGCCAAUGAUCGAAGUAACCAACAAUACCAACAAGAGAAUGGUGGAACAGGCCAGACAGGAGCGAUCAGGAAGAAGAAGCGGAGCUGCAAGAUCCUCUAA